UCAUGUUUGAAUUUAUGUAUCAAAAAUUGGAUUUCGAAGAACAUUCUAUUAGCACUCCACAAAACUGCCCUUUGAUAAAUAAAACAGAGUGGAGAAUAUUGUGGUACAAUAUCCCAUCCUAUUUAAUUAAUGCGUUGAAUUAUACAAGCCUUAAAACACAUGAAAAGCACCCAAAAUGGAUCUUUACAUAUAAUAUAAGAGAUUUAUCUAGGAGUGAUGUUGUAAUAUUUACACAUUAUACUAUGGGUGAGGUGCCACCUAAUAAAACAAAGUGUCAGAUAUGGGUUUUUAACACUAUGGAAGCUCCUAACUUCAUGAAUAAACAUUACCAAAAAUGGAAUAAUAGUCUGGAUUGGCUGAUGUCUUAUCGCAUGGAUUCGGAUAUAUAUCGACCAUAUGGAAUACUUAAGAAACGGGCGACCCUUUUGGUGAAGAAUUAUACGGAGGUAUUUCAGAAGAAGAAAUAUUUUGGUGUUUGGAUGUCAGGACAUUGUCCAGUGCCGUCUCGUCGUAAAGAUUACAUACUUAAUUUAAAGAAUUAUAUACAGGUCGAUAUGUUCGGAUCUUGUGGGAACGCUGUUUGUCUUAGUCCAACUCCAGGACUAAAUGAAUGCUUGCGAAACUUUUCUCGUGAUUACAAAUUUUAUUUUGCCUUUGAAAAUAACAUUUGUAAAUACUACACGACAGAAAAAUUAUUUAAUAUAUUUUUGGGUAAUUUAGAUGUUAUACCAGUGAUUAAUGGACCACAAAAUGCAGCGGAAUAUAUACCUAACGGAACGUUUAUAAACGCUCUAGAUUUCCCUUCACCCCAAGCAUUGGCAAAUAAACUGAAAGAAAUUGGCUCAAACGAAACUCUUUUUAUGCAAUACCUUAGAGAAAAAGACAAAUACAUAGAAAUUGGUUUAAAUGAAAUAUUUCUACAGUCAAUGUUCCAGAUAUUUGACAAAAUUAAUCGAACAAAUGGAAAUAUUGUAAGACGCAAAGAAAGCAUACAAGAUCAUUUCUUUGCGAUAAAAAAAGACUGCUAA